AUGGAUAGAAAGUCUGCUAGAAUAAAAGCAGAGUUGCAAAGAUAUGGUUGGAGAGUUUCAAAGAAGUUUAAAUAUAGGAAGGGAAGACCCAUAAAAGUCUAUGACAAAUUGUCUGGUCUUCGCUAUGAAAUGGACUUAGAAACAGCACGCGCAAACUAUCCAAACAGAUUAGAGAGGUUAGAAGAAGAACGUCUUAUGGACAUGCCUUUCGAUGUUAGUGAACCUCAAGUUGAAGGACACGACGGCUUUGCCAGAUUCUACUGGAAACAUGACGAACAAUUGCAUCCUUUGAGAAGGAAAAAAGGAAAAGGUGAAGACGCACAUGCUCCCAUGGAAAGAACAAGAUAUGCAUAUGAAAAGUACCGUGAAGUUAGAAGUCAAAUUACAUCUGGUCGAACCUUUACAGUAAACUUUGACGAAGGAAAGAACAAAGAAGGCUUCAUGGGAGUACUUGCUGCAAUUCAAGAUGGAAAUAAGAAAGGAUACAAUCUCAGAUUGACCAUAACAGAUUUGGACGGUCAUAUAUACUAUGCGCAUGGCAAUGUCACAACAGCUGCAAUGCUUCUUGACGCUUUCAAGACUACAAAGAGAGAACAAAUGGUUGACUCCGACUCAGACAUUUUGAAUGCAAUUGAAGGAAUUGCAAGUGUAAAAUUUGAAUGGUAUGAACCUAACCCUCAAGCAGUCAGACAACAUGCUGGAUACUUCCCGUUCAUAAAUAAGUCUGACAUUGACUUGACAAGGUAUGGAAUUUACAAUUCAAUUGAAACAAUUGUCAAUGAACCUUGUAUUCUUACAUGUCUCAGGAACUCUGGUCUUGUUACAGAUGAGAAGAUGAAGUAUCUUGAGUCAUGUGUGAAGACAAGGUACAUUCUCAGAGGUCAAUUGGCAAAAAUUGCACCGUUGGCAAAUGUCAAUAUCCGAGUCAACAUACCUACAGCUAAAGGUUCUUCACAUGACGACUAUGUUGUUGACAAAGACUUACCAUGGUUGAAGAUUGUAAUUGUCCACAACCACUUCAUGUUGAACGAAAGUCUUACAAACCCAUUGUUCGGAAAAGGCAAGUGCAACAUUGUCAGAGCUGUAAACAUUCUUUUCGAGAAAGGUUUGUUGGAAC